AUGACGAAGCUAAAACUACACUCCCUCCCACUGAGUCUCUUAGCACUCCUAGGAGUUGCCCUAGCCGGCGUCUCAGCUUCAGCUUCAGCAUCACCACCAGCCGGCGAGAAGAUCCCUUCCCCCUCAUCAGCAGUAGCAGACUCCGAAGUCGAACUCAUCUGCCACACCUCCAACCCAGCAGAAUGCUACCCCAAGAUCUUCCAACCCACACACGAAUUCCAGAUUGUACAACCAGACCAAGACCUUCCCCCAGGUCUUCACGUCCGUCUGAACAUCUACACCGGCCAAAAAGAAGCCAAAAUCAACGUCCCCGAUGAAGCCGUCGACCCGUCCCUCGAAGGUCUGCCAGUCGACACCUCCAUCAUGAUCGUCGACCCAGAAGAUUCCUCGGGAUCAGAAGAACAGCAGAGCCAGCAGCCCCUCAAACCACCCAAAAAUGCCCCAGCCUACGAGCCACACGGCAAGAUCAAAGAGCCCAAGAAGGAAACCGCCGAAGCCAAAGAUGAAGCCUCAGCCUUCUACAAGUCUUUGACAAUCCUCAAGAAGGGUCUGGACAUCGACCAAGCGCUGGAAAUGCUGCAAGAGAUUUCCCACGACAUUUACUACGGGCUCAAGAUCGCUGAGGACUACGACACCGUUCGCGAGCUUUUCUGCUUGGCUAACUCGCCCUCCAUUUUCUCACCAGAGACACCAGAGGCAGGAGGACCCUCCGAAAAAGACCUCACCCGCGCCCGCCUAGCAGCGCUAAUUCUCUCCAACACCGUUCAAAACAACCCCAAGGCUCUAGCGGAAAUCAGCAAGCAUUGGUCCACGCUUCAACAAGACUACUGCACCAAGUCUAAGGACUCGGAACCCCUCCAAAUCUCCACUUUCCGUCUUCUCCCAUCAUCCCAGGGCAACAACUCAAUCCCCCCCUCCCUAACCAAGGCCCGCAUCUCCGCCAUCUCCGGCCUCCUCAAGUCCCCCUCCAUCCGGCAAUCCUUCCUUUCGGCCAACGGCAUGGAUCUCCUUCUUCAGGUCCUCCUUGACACCACUACCGCAUCCCAGGGUCAGGGAGCCGCUGAGGAAUGGGAAAAAGUCCGCCGCCAAGCGGGCCACCUAAUCCUCGACAACUUCCUUGACGAAGACAUGGGAGCCGUUUUGGGCGAGUGGCCUGACGCUGUCAGGGAUGUGCAGGCUAGUGAUAAGGAGUGUGCUAGCCGUGCUGCUAGCCGUAGUGAUGGGGAGAAGAAGGAGGGUCAGGGUGACUGUUGGGAUUGGCACGCCAAGCAGCUUGCGGAUAGGUACAAGAAGGAAGGGAAGGGAGGGGACGGGCAUUGGAGCUGGGAGUUGUGGAAUAAGUUGAAGGAGCAGAGGAAGAAUGCUUCGAGCAAUAAGAAGAACAAAGGUGGGAAGAAGGAUGAGUUGUGA